GUUUGUUCAGCUCUGCUGCGAGCGCUUUACAAGGAUCUUCCCUACUUGUUUCCUCAUCCUUCUCCUCUUCCUUCCCGUUCCAUCCUCUCUUGCUCUCAGCUUAUCGCUAACUCGGUCUCCAUCUCUUGUAGCCAAGGCGCGCCAACUCUACUGCGAUAAGCGAACUAUCCCCAGUCGUCCAGGCACAAGACACCUAUUUUUCAUUGGAUAUACACCUGUCUCUCAACCAUCUAAGGACCUACACCGAUUUUCCAGUUGCACUCGUCAACGCCAAAACACCUACCCUCGCAUACAUCAUGACGACCGCCAUGUUCAAGACUGGAAUGAACAGGGCCCUUCUCAACAGGGACUUCUUCCAGGUCAUCCUUGACCGUGCCUAUGGCCCAAAUACUGCCCUGACGACGCAAUGGUCCGAGCAGGAACUUGAUUCAUCCUCAAGCAUUCUCAGUAACAUCAGCUCUGGCAACGCCGAUGGAGACGAGGACGAGGACGACUUUAGUAGAGAUAUCCCUUCAUCUACAUCACCGACAGAUGGUUUCACUCAGACAACAGACAAAGCAGAGGAGCCAUGUCCGAUGAAUGACAUGACAGGACACUUUUUAUACAAAAUCGAAUACAGCGCUGUAUCCUUCACCUCUUCGACACCAUCAAAUCUACUGCAGGACCAUCCAUCCGAUAACCGGUUGUCAGGGUCCUUCUCCAUCUCGGCAACCAGUCGCACGGAGCCACAGCCGCUGGCAGGGGGCCAGCUCUGGAUUGUCAUCAAGUCCAAGCCCAUCGACACUGCCCUGAUCGAACUGACCAAUAUCAUGGCGCAGCUUCAGGGUGGUGAAUUCGCAGAGGAGUACGAUCAGGUCAAGGACCUCACUGGGUUCCGUAACAGCCACAUCCGCGAGAUCGAGCUCGCAGAGUUGUCAUGGAAAUUCGGCGGUGCCAUGGCGAGGAUCUCAACCAAGGUUUACAACGUCCUGCGAAACGACUCGCAGCAGCUGUACGCACUUUGCCUCGAAUACCUCGACCCAGCCAUGGGCAACAUCACCCACAUGAACAGCACAGAUCUUGCCCCCGCAAUCUGGGCACCUGACGAUAUUCACUUGGCGCUGCGGGACCUGGCCUCGUUCCAUGCACAGUUCCUGGGGGAGGAAGACAGGUUGCUGAAGAUGAGCUUUCUCGAGAACCCAACACGAGCCAUGAUGGGAGUAUUGAGACCUGCGUACGAGGCCAUGGUCAGGACAAACCACAUGAACGAGCCAGGGUUGUUCUCUGAGUUUAUGUCGCAAAGCAUAUUGGACUAUUUGGCGCAUUCAGAUGAGUACUGGGCCAUCCUCGAGAAGAGCCCAAGGACUUUGGUUCAUGGCGACUUUAAUACCCGCAACAUUUGCCUGCGGUUCGAUCCAAGUACCGGAGCCCAAACACUCUGCGCUUAUGAUUGGGAGUUGGCAUGCUGCCACGUUCCACAGAGAGAUGUGGUGGAAUUUCUCUCGUUCGUGCUUCCGCCAGGCUCUGGCGAAUGGGCGCAUUACAUUGAAUACCACCGUCUGGCCCUCAAAGCAACUAUGGAAAGACAGCAAAAAUUGACUUUUCCGAAUUCCUCACGUCAAUUCGCCAACCUUUCUUCUCCACAAGAGUACAUGGAAGUGGCUAAAAUUGCUUUGAUGGAUUUCGCAUCUCUCAGGGUGGCCAUGUAUGGUAUCUCUAACUCGUUCAAGAAAAUCGAUUGGUUGCCACGUAUCCUGAGCUCAGUCGAAGAACAGGUGAAGAGAAUGGGACCUCUUCGUCGUGCCCAAGAUAGAGUACACCACGAAUCCAAGCUCUAACGACCGUACGACAUUGUAAUUUCGCAUUUUAAACUUGAUGCAUUUGAAUAAUAAUAAACACAACUCACUUGAGUGACAGCCAUCAA